GGAUCAUCAUCUCAUCCAUUUUUUCAGUGAUUCGGUUUUGUCCUAUUUUCAUUAUUUUCAUUUUAUUUUUCAUCAUAAAUAAGAUCCUUUGAACACAGAGCAAAAUAACAAGGAGGAGGAGAGAGCAAAAAAAAAAAAAGAAAAAAGAAAAAGUCUAUAAACUCCCCCAAAAAAGAAAGAUGAUUCCCCUCCUUAAAAUCCAUUUCUAUUAAUGCCCUUUUAAACUCCAAGACCCGAUUUGUUUUCCUCUAAUGAUUUGCGUUUCAUCGUCGCGGUUUUCUUUUUCAGGCAUUUCUCUUAAUCCAGAUUUCAACUACAGUCCGAACUUGAGGCCCAUUUCAUAUUUUGACCUGAGAAAUGGGAGCUUGAGUGGACAUUUGUUUGAAAUUGGGAAUAAUAUGUAGCGUCUCUGACAUAUUUGGAAUAUAUCUUCCCUGAUGCAAGGUCAGGGGGGCACCAUUGACUCCUUUCCUGAAAGUGUUAACAUUGAUGAGGGAUCUAAUCCCAAUGACACGAGUAUUGGUCAACUGAAUUCUUUGCAUAACAUCCUGUAUCCUGUGGAAAAUCGGUUAGCCAAUUAUGCAGUGUCUUCCGCUGGGACAAUGCAUGGAAACACUACUACUCCCAAUGUUCAGAGGUUUAGUGGCUGGAGUUCUAGUGAACCAAGCUCUAGAUCGAGAAUGCAAAACGAGGUGAUGCAGGAUGUUCUAAAUCACCAGCUCAAUGAUGAUAGAACAAAAAUCGAGUGUCAUUGGCCUUCUUAUGGUGCUCAUGUUGUUCCAAGGUCAGAAGAAAGGCGGAUUGAACCAGAAAAUGCCAUUUUUCAUGGGAUACUGAAUAAUGGUCGAAGUGGCAAUCAGGUCCAGAGUGGACCCAUAUUUUUGCAAGUUUCAAGCUCUAAUCAUAGCCCACAAAAUGUGAAUCUAAAUGAAGGGUUUAUUAGCAGCAGUAGUAAUGGAAGGUCAGGCAUGAGAAGUGGUAUAGGUCUCAAUGUUCACAACUCGGUUGGACUAGAAAGAGAACACAUAUCUAAUGCCAGUGUUUCUUCCGAUAACGUUGGUAGUUCAUCUGGAAGCUCUAAUCAUGUGGGGGAGGAAAAUAUUGAUGGUUCUGGUUCAUCUUUGGGCAGUUGGGGUUUAUCCUGCAAAAGGAAGGUCCUUGAAGGUACUUCUGGACAGUCUUAUUCUGCUGAUACUUCAAACUCUUUUCAACAAAUAGAAAAUGCUGCAUGGCAUGCUGGUCCUUCUCGUAAUGAUGCUUCUAGCAGUUUGAGUUUAUCGACACCCUCUUGGAAUUUCCUUAAUGUUGGUCCCCCUGGUCAGCCGAAUCCAAGAGUUGGGCUUGGUACGAGAGGAGCAAUUCGUGAUGAAUUUACUUCUACUGUAAGAGGAGAAAAUGCAGGAUACCAACAAGAAUCUUUACUUUUACCAUAUAGUUUAUCGUCAACUGCGGUUGCUGGGGAUUCCAGUUUUGGAUCUCCUGUUCACUCUAGAGCUGCCCCGUUUGGUGACUCUUUAGACUUGAGAUCCCCCGGGGCGACAGCUGGAAAUUCUAGUUCUGUGCCUACACAACCUCAUAUUAGGACCACUUCUGUUGUGCCACGAAAUGUGAAUCCUUUCCCUUGGAAUGGUGCUUCCAGUUUAAGAACUGCCAACCCCCCAAGUUCUACUAAUUUUGGGGAGAGAGCUGCUGCAUUAUGGGACGAACCAAACAUAAGAAAUAUCCCAAGAAACAAUACAGAACAUCCCAUGCUUGUACCAGCCACUGAGAUGAGAAAUGUAGCACAAGAACCAACACAUUGGAAUUUGGCUUCCAGAAAUAUUAGCAAGUCUGGAGGUAUGCCAUCUUUUAGUCAACCUGGGCGUAGUUCAAGUAACCAUCCGUUGCCCACUCAUGCCUGGAUUCCUUCUCGCAGCCCACCAUUAAGGCUAUCAGAUUUUGCUCCGUUGUCUUUAUUUCCUCCAAUUGAUUCUGAACCUGGUGGUCGUAGUGGCCAUUUUCCAUCAUUGUCUUCAGGCCCUUCUGCUUCCUCACAAGAUACUGUUGUGCCAUCUGGAUCAAACAUUCUAGGUAACAAUCAACCUUAUCCUAGGUCGGCAAUCAUAUUGGAGAGACAUGAUGAUGAUGUCCUUGGGAUGCCCCACUCAUUGCGAGCUUUGGCUGCUGACAUCGAAGGGAGACACCAGCUAAUAUCUGACAUACGCCAAGUCUUGAAUGCCAUGCGCAGAGGGGAGAACUUACGAAUUGAGGUAUAUAUGAUGUUCGAUCCGUUCAUAUAUCAUGGUAUGGCCGAAACAUAUGACAGACAUAGAGACAUGCGCCUCGAUGUUGAUAACAUGUCUUAUGAGGAAUUGUUGGCAUUAGAAGAACGCAUCGGAGAUGUUAGCACCGGACUAAACGAGGAAACCAUUCUGAAGUUGAUGAAACAGAAAAGGCAUUCAUCCACCACGACACAAUCCACCCAAGAAUUGGAACCAUGUUGUAUCUGUCAGGAAGAAUACGCAGAUGGGGAUACCGGGAUACUAGAUUGUGGACAUGACUUCCACACAAACUGCAUCAAACAGUGGUUAAUGCUAAAAAACCUGUGCCCCGUUUGUAAGACAACAGGCCUCUGCUCAAAUAAAGAGCAAAGGCUGUUGUCGGAUCCAAUAAUAGGGUUGGAUUAUAUAUAUAUCUGAUUCGAACCGGCUUUUCUUACUCUUGAACUGCAACUUUCAUUCGACGGAGCUAGUGUUAAUGUAAUGAAUUGCGGGAUUAGUUUGUUGAAUAACUUGCAUCAUGAAGAUGAUGAAACAUAUUUGAAAUAAUAUGGUGUUUUAGUGGCA